ACUAUGUAUGGUAUGACCGGUCAGUGUUUAGUAUGUUUGGUGUCAGUGUUGGUGUCAUAAUGUGUUGCAGUAUUGGUGUAGUAGUGGUGCUUCACAUAUAGCGCAUGCGUACAAACCAUACAUUGACGAAGUACUGAAUGACUGUAUUAUACUGUAGUACUGUAUAGUCUGUAUUGAUGUUUGUGUUGGGUAUCCACUCAUUGGUGAAGUGUUUUAACAUUAUAUUCAAUGAUAUGAAUGAUUGACGAAAAUUCUGUGUUUUUUAGUAUUAAUUCAAUUAAUUGUUGUUUUGUUUUUUGAUUAAUUUCAGUGCAUUUUAUUAACUAUACAUAAGAUGUGUGAUUAAUAGCUAUAAUAAGACUACAAUUGAAUAUAAAAGCAAAGAAUCGGAGGAAAGUGUGGAUCAGACAGACAUCGAUAUUCCGAUUCACAGCUAACUGUGUUAUUGAUAUGGCAUAUAGUGAUUGAUAUGAUUGAUUGAAUCCUCUAAUUGUCUAUUGGUGUCCAUAUAGUCAUGGGAACGGUAGAGAACGAACCCACACCUCAAUAUGAGGCGUCCGUUAUGCAGCUUCGGGAACUCAUGGACAACAGGGGUCAGGAGGGCAUCACUAAAAUACAACAUCAGUUCAACAAUGUGUUUGGCCUCUGCCAAGCCCUACAUACCGACACUAAUAAGGGACUAUCUGGUAAUGAAAAAGACUUGGAGGAGAGGCGUCAGUAUUUUGGUGCAAAUGUGAUUCCACCCAAACCUCCGAAAACAUUUCUGCAAUUAGUAUGGGAAGCACUACAAGAUGUGACAUUAAUUAUCUUAGAAGUGGCUGCUAUUAUAUCACUGGCAUUGGCUUUCUAUAAGCCUCCGCCCGGUGAAGAAGAUGAUGAAGGAGGAGGAGGAGGUGGUAUUCAUGAGGAUGAGUCUGAGGCCGGUUGGAUUGAAGGCGCCGCCAUUCUUGUGUCGGUUAUCAUCGUUGUACUCGUAACUGCCUUUAAUGAUUAUACUAAGGAACGACAGUUCAGAGGUCUUCAGAGUCGUAUAGAACACGAACACAAGUUCUCUGUCAUCAGAGCUGGAGAAGUAAUUCAACUGUUGGUCGCGGAACUGGUUGUGGGCGACAUAUGUCAAGUCAAAUACGGAGAUUUACUUCCAGCCGAUGGAAUCAUCAUUCAAAGCAAUGACUUAAAAGUAGACGAAAGCUCUCUGACCGGAGAAUCAGAUCACGUAAAGAAAGGGGAAAAUUAUGACCCAAUGCUCUUCUCUGGCACUCAUGUAAUGGAGGGUAGCGGACGAAUGGUAGUGACUGCAGUGGGCAUCAACUCGCAGGCGGGUAUCAUAUUUGCACUGUUAGGUGCGGCACAAUCUGAAGACGACGCUCAAAAGAAACAAAUGAAAAAGGAAGCUAAAAAGGCUCGCAAAAAGAAGAAAAGCAUCCCUGGAGCCGCAUCUCAAUCUCAUGCAUGUCCUAAUGCUACGUAUACUCAACCGGCAAUACCGGAAAUGAUACCUUUGAAUCAACCUAAUUAUAACCCUAAAUCUGAUGAAGAAGCUGGUGAAGCAAUAGCUCCAGAGAACUCACAUAUGAUGAACACAACCACUGCCAAUACUUAUUCAGCGGACGGCGAGCCUCUGGCCAGUGAUCAACAGAGAAAGUCUACUCAAGACGACGAAACAACGAAUACUAGAAAAGAGAAAUCAGUAUUGCAGGCAAAGCUGACCAAACUGGCCAUUCAGAUCGGUUAUGGAGGCUCUGCAAUUGCCGUUUUAACUGUAGUUAUAUUAAUAUUACGAUUCGUUAUAAAGAUGUUUGUUGUGAGGGGCAAAAAGUUUACGAUGUAUUACAUGCAGUAUUUCGUCAAAUUUGUUAUAAUUGGUGUCACAGUUCUUGUGGUCGCUGUCCCAGAAGGUCUUCCACUCGCAGUCACUCUAGCGCUGGCCUAUAGUGUUAAGAAAAUGAUGCUUGAUAACAAUUUGGUCCGCCAUUUGGACGCGUGUGAGACAAUGGGAAAUGCAACGGCUAUUUGUUCAGAUAAGACGGGAACGUUGACUACCAAUAGGAUGACUGUAGUACAGAGUUUUAUAUGUGGCGUUCAUUUUAAAAAUUCACCCAAAUUUGAAUCACUUCCUUCAUCAGUGGCUCCCGUUCUUGUGGACGCCAUUUCUCUUAAUAGUGCUUACACUACACGUAUUAUGCUCCCCGAUAAUCCAGGAGAUAAUCCCAAACAAGUUGGCAACAAAACCGAAUGUGCGUUAUUGGGGUUUGUGGCAGACUUAGGCAAAGACUAUCAACAAAUACGGAAUGCUAUGCCUGAAGACAAGUUGCAUAAAGUCUAUACAUUUAAUUCUGUCCGCAAAUCUAUGUCUACAGUAAUACCAAUAAACAAUAACGAAGGCUUUCGUGUCCUUACGAAGGGUGCAUCUGAAAUGGUUAUGAAGAAGUGUAUGUUUAUUUAUGGCAAAGACGGAACACUUCUCCGGUUCCCAAAAGAAGAACAGGAGAAACUCGUCAAGAAUGUCAUCGAACCCAUGGCUUCCGAUGGAUUAAGAACUAUAUGUAUAGCAUAUAAGGAUUAUGUGCGACGCAAACCCAACUCUCCUAAUGAAAUUCAAAUGGAAGCGGAACCCAAUUGGGAGGACGAGGAGGCUAUCAUUGCACGACUCACCUGUCUCUGUAUCGUCGGUAUUGAAGAUCCCGUUAGACCUGAGGUUCCCGAAGCAAUACGCAAAUGUCAGAGGGCAGGCAUAACUGUACGAAUGGUGACGGGAGAUAAUGUCAAUACAGCCCGUUCUAUAGCAACGAAAUGUGGUAUUAUAAAGCCGGGCGAAGACUUUAUUGUCUUAGACGGUAAAGAGUUCAAUAAACGAAUUAGAAGUUCCUCUGGAGAGGUCAAACAGGAACUUUUCGAUAAAGUUUGGCCACGACUUAGAGUGUUAGCCCGAUCCUCACCCAGCGAUAAAUAUGUGUUAGUUAAACAUAUUAUUGAAAGCAAACUGAACCCCAAUCGUGAAGUGGUGGCAGUAACGGGUGACGGCACUAAUGAUGGACCGGCGCUCAAGAAGGCUGAUGUGGGCUUUGCGAUGGGCAUUGCGGGCACCGAUGUGGCCAAAGAAGCUUCAGAUAUUAUACUGACUGAUGAUAACUUCUCUAGUAUUGUAAAGGCUGUUAUGUGGGGCCGUAAUGUCUAUGACUCGAUCGCUAAGUUCUUGCAAUUUCAGCUCACAGUCAAUGUUGUGGCCGUUAUUGUGGCGUUUGUCGGCGCCUGUGCUAUAGAGGACAGUCCAUUAAAAGCAGUUCAAAUGCUUUGGGUUAACCUAAUAAUGGACACAUUAGCCUCACUAGCCUUGGCAACAGAGAUGCCGACCUCAUCGCUGUUAAUACGUAAACCAUACGGCCGUACGAAACCACUGAUAUCGAGAACAAUGAUGAAGAAUAUUAUCGGACAUGCAAUUUAUCAAUUGGUUGUUAUAUUUUUCCUUUUGUUUGGAGGUGACAAAUUUUUUGAUAUCGACUCCGGUCUGUACGCCUCAAUCAAUUCGUUUCCGUCACAACACUUUACUAUAAUAUUUAACACAUUUGUAAUGAUGACACUGUUUAAUGAAGUAAAUUCACGUAAAAUUCAUGGCGAGAGAAACAUUUUUGAGGGUUUAUUCAGUAAUCCUAUAUUCUAUGGAAUACUAAUUGUCACCGCAAUUGCUCAGGUAGUAAUAGUACAGUAUGGCGGUCGACCUUUUAAUACGGCAGCGCUAACUGUAGACCAGUGGAUGUGGUGUGUCUUAUUCGGCGCCGGUGUUCUCGUAUGGGGACAACUAAUAACAACGAUACCAACGAAACGAAUACCCAAGCAAUUCAGUUGGGGCUCCGGUCCACCCGAAGAACUCAUGGACGCCACGUCCAGUCUCGUCGAGGACGGGAGUAGUGGCUCAUUGAGUCAGGACGUGAAACGUACGGGACAGAUACUGUGGAUUAGGGGCCUGACCAGACUCCAGACACAGUUGCGAGUUGUGAGAGCCUUUAGGAGCACUCUGGAAGAUAUGGAGGAGAGACGUAGCGUUCAUAGCUUACACAGUUUGCGAACCUCCCGUAGCCUUCCGGGCCCCCGACCUCUCUCUGAUAUCAGUUAUAUAGAUGAAGAAGUGAGUGCUCCCUCCCCUAAUGACUAUCCAUGUGACACAACCGGCCCUAAGAACCCAGUAUUGCCCAGUUAUGGUAACAUUAUAGCCCACACUAACACUGCCUCGAAGGCCGCAUACCGGCACCAGCAGUCGCUCAACUUAACGGGCACUCCUGCAUCGGUGCCAGGACUGGGAGAAACGGCUCCCCUAUUGACUAAAGAACCUCAAAUGGAACGCUCGCGGAGCGCACCGUUCGCUAGUUUGCAUCCAAUCGCCACUAAUCUGCAAUACAACCAAACUUCAGGUCCCAAUCAGAGACAUAUGGCGCCAUCGACGGCCGCGAGACAAGCAGCAGCUCUUAAUAACCCUUUAGUACAGGGAUAUCAUCUCUUAGCCGAACCCAACAGAAUACAUGAGACCAGUAUAUGAUGACAACUAACCAUCUCUUCACUCAAUGGCCAUACGGUCUUUCAAUGCAAUUAAUUGCUGAUAAAUAUAUGAUUUGCAAAACAUAUUCUCUCUCUCUAUCGUCAAAUCAUAUGUGUGUGUCCUCUCAGUUCUUUGUCUUUCUAUUUUUGAUAUAAAUAUCAAUACAUUGUGUGUCUUUUGGUGCUUAAAUCGCCUCAAAAAUACCAUUUAUUCCCUACUAUUACCUCUAUUAUUGAUAGAUCACCACAACUACUAUUGAUAUAAUGACAAACAUUAAUAACAACUUAUAAUUCUAUCGACUCUACAUUUAUCUCAAUAAUAUUGAAUGCAAUUAAUAUAUAAAAUAAAAACAUUUUGAAUGAUAAAUGAAAGUCC